UUUUUAUAGGGACAUCGAUAUGAAGCCAAACAUAAAGCUUUGGCUCUAACAUUAUAUAAAACGAUGGGAAAACGGCCAUACACGUGUUUGCGUACCAUUUUUAACAGCAUUCCAUCUAUUCAAACUUUGCAGUCGGCACUUGUAAAAUUACCCAUUGCCCCCGGAUUGAAUACUUUAAUUCUCAAACAUCUAGAGAAUUUAGCUCCAAAAAUGUCAUCUAAAGAAAAAGUCUGCAUUCUUAUGUGGGAUGAAAUAUCCAUACAACCCAAAAUCAAUUAUGAUGCUCGAAAGGAUAUUAUAUGCGGCUAUGAAGAUUGGGGUAAUAACCGUACUAGCAAAGUAGCAGACCAUGCUUUAGUGUUCAUGUUACACGGAUUAAAUUCAGGCUGGAAAAUGCCUGUUUCUUAUAAUUUUUGUCAUAAACAAACUAAUACAGCCCAGCUUAUGCGAUGUGUAAAAGAACACAUUAAGAAAAUUAACAACGUGAGAUUCCGCAUCGUUGUCACAGUUUGCGACCAGGGAUCGUCGAAUCAAGCCGCAAUUAAACAAUUAAUAUACAGGAGCAAUAUGAAACGUACAUCGCAAAAUAGAUCGGAAGGUAAAUAAUAUAAUGUAAAAUAUAUAUGUGUGUGCAUAUACAUAUAUAUAUAUGCACGUUUUAUUGUAAGUAAUUGUACUGUUUACAGGACAAAGCUUUGAAGUGGACAACAUGGAGAUUGUUCCUCUAUAUGAUCCUCCUCAUCUUAUAAAAGGGAUUAGGAACAAUCUUCUUACAAAACAUUUAGCGACGACACCUAACAAUACUACACAAAUCGCAUCGUGGGAGGUGAUAAAAACAGCGUGACUCAUGGAUAGGAAGUUAAAUACUAUCCGUCCACAACUCAAGAAAUUAACAACACAACAUGUCAUGGAA